GCACACAUUCUGAAGAUAAACGUUGAUUGCGAUGAUAUUCACGCUCAACUCGGUAAGCAAAUGUUCGGGCCGGUUAGGCAUUUUGGGUGGUUUGGAGCGUCUACCAAAUUUGGCGCUUCAAACACCGGGCCUAAUUUUCCACACGAAGGGUGGCAGCAUUCCGCAUGUGAGCAAGGAAGUUCUGCAACACAUUUCGCCCGAGCCCCAGUUCCUGCAGCUUAGUAUCUCCAACACGAUUCACAUGGAGGAAGCGGUUCGCGGCUGUCGGACAACAAUCGGUGAAUUUAUCGCCCAGAAGGAUGCCGCCAGCAUGCUGGUCCUCAGGGAUCCUAGCGAAACACCCAUCGCCGGCGUACCGGAGCGUGACUCGGUGCCGGUUUACACACGGUGCGGUCGGCGCAAUGUAACGGCCGAGGAGUAUAUGGCGCUCGUGGAAACAUUUCAACCGGACCUGUACGUGCCACUGUUCGACGGUGACACGGACGUGGGUUGCUCCAAGAAGCGGGAACAAAAGUCGGUUGAUCGGACAGAAAAGUUUGUGCAACGAUGUUUAGAAUGGCACCGCCAGUCGGACAAGCUUCGCUCGGCCAACGUCAUUGGCCCCGUGGUUGGAGGGUACAAUCUGAAACUACGCGAAAAGGCGAUUGAAUGGUUGCGACAGCAGGACGUAGACUUUGCCGGUUACUUAAUCGAUGGAUUGCACACCAAUGAUCCGAGCACCGUUACGCAAUUAGACUCCGCGGUCCUCUUGCCCGUCGUUUCCUCCGUUUGUGAGGCGCUUCCGGAGGAGAAGAUUCGCCUUUGCUUCGGUGCGUACGAUCCGAGCGUGAUCCUCGAUAUGGUUUGCGCUGGGGUCGAUGUGUUCGAUACGAGCUUCGCGUACGUGAAGGCAGCGCAGCAACAUCGGGCAAUCGUGUUUUCGUUCGACGUUGCGACUAAGCUCGAGGUGGACAAGCUCACCACGGAACUCGAUACUAGCGAUGCCCAGUGGGCGGAAGAUUUCGGUCCCCUUCUGUCCGGGUGCAGUUGCUACACGUGCCAGACACACUCCAGGGCGUACGUCCACCAUCUGUACAAUACGCGGGAAAUGUUGGGACCCAUUUUGCUGAUGAUCCACAAUCUUCAUCAUUACAUGGAGUAUUUUAAAACCAUUCGGAGCCAUGUGGCCAACGAUACGGUGGAACAGUUGAAAGAGCACCUUUCACGGCAACAGACGCUGCCUCCGUAUGUAGCGAAAACCGAGCGAAAGCUGUCACCAGCGAUGGUGGAAAAGGAACCGGAGACGAUCGCGGUUGAUCCCGAGCAGAAGCCGACCAAGAAACAGCGAUCUUAACACCGGUACCAGUGUGUGACUUUAUUUUUAUGAGUUUGACCCUCAUUUGGCAAACUAUUGUUGGCAAUGUCUUCAUGUACAAGUUUUCUUUCACUUUCGCUCUGGCCAUUAGAACUAGCAAACAUUCGUAUACUUACCGUCACUUGGUCACUACAGUUCGGAUGUUGUCAAUAAAAGACCCGACGCCGGAGUGUAGGGAAUACUAUCUCUAACAUAUAUUGAAUUCCUCUCAUUCAAACACACGCUCCAUACGCUUUCUUCUGUCUGCCUCGCUCGUUGGGGUCCACCGUUCGGCUACGUUUUUCGACGGCAGACAGGGCCGACCGUUAGGUAAAUAAAUUUUAUCUUUUUCCAUGUGUCUCCUCUUAACCCGCCAAUAUAACGCUAUGUGAUUAUACUUUAUGUUUUAGUUAUCCUUUUCCGAAUGUUCCCCAAAUCCUGGCGAGGAGUUUGUAUUCUUGUUUUCAUCGUAUCACGCUCAGCUUUAUAUGCCAGGCUUAGGGUUCGCCGG